GAAUCUACCCCACUUUGGCCUGAUUCUGUUCGGAGCACAACACUUAAGAGGUAAUUUAUCACUUGUGAAUGUGCAGAACAUUGGUAUUCUUCAUAAGAAGAGGCAACAUUGAAUAGUGGACAACAGUUUUGGCAUCUCUUCAUUUCAGCUCUCAGUGUCCCCUUUUGACUGCUUUAUAGGUAGCAGUUUUGGCUACUUGCUCAUGACACUAUCUCUCUGAUAACAGAGGAAACCCCACUGUCUGCCCAUUGGUUUCCAGUACUGGCACGCAAUUCUACUUCGUCUCACUUGAUUCCAGAAGAUACAAUGGAGAAAUACACAGGAUCACCACCUACCUUGCAAGUAGAACAUUCCUCCCUUCAGACAGAGAAUCUGAUUCUGCAGCCACAAAUACAACAUCUGACUGAAGAGAGCCCUCACCUGAGGGGCCAAGUCAUGCCUACCCUGGCUACCCCAAUGAUGUCUGUACCCCGCUCACUUGAACAUCUCUCUCAGUUUCACCGUGACCCUGCCAAUCUCUCAAAAUUUCUUGCACAGUUGACAACUUUCAAGUUCCCCAAUCCUGCAGAUGAUGUCCAAGUCAAGUUCUUUUUUGACUACCUAUCUCAACAGAUGGAAAUUUGUGGAGUUGUAUCUGGGCCUGACCAGAGCACUCUGCUGAAACAAUAUGAGAACUUUGUUCUUGAGUUCCAGCAAUCAUUUGGUGGGCCUACAAAACAGGAAAUAGACCCUCUGAACAAAGAGGUCAACUCCUUUUCUCAGCAGGAUGCUUCUACUCUCCAGCUCCUUGCUCAAAAUUUGAGCUGUAAGGAAACCGAUCAGAGUGAUCACUUCCAAGAAGGACUACCUGACUCCAUCCAGGAUGAAGUGAGUGGUAGAGAUAUUGACAACCUUCCAGACCUGAUCACUCAGUGUAUUCAGCUGGACAAGAAACGUAGUGACAGGCCAGAGCUUCUACAGUCAGAGACCCAUCUCCCAAUGUUUGCUUCCAUGAUCCACCACCAAGCCUUUUCCGGCCCCACAGAUCUGCCACCCAAGGAAGAACCUAUACAGUUGCGAGGAAGCCAGCCACCACUCACCCCAGCCAAACGAGGCCGCCAGCAAGAAGCUCAGUUGUGCCUCUACUGCAGCCAGGCUGGUCACUUCACAAGAGAUUGCCUUGCCAAACGUUCUCGAGCCCCAGCAAGGAUAAAUAACCCAACUCACCAGUAAGAGAGCAGGUCACUUUGUAAACUUACAUCCCUCUCAC